AUGGCACUACCCUAUAAAUUGUCAUGUGCCAUUUAUGGUCACAAAAGUGAUGUUAGAUCGGUGACAGUUACUAAAGAUGGUAAAAUUGUUUCUGGGUCUAGAGAUAUGACGGCCAAAUUAUGGGCUCCUAAUGAAUCGGGAUGCGGUUACAGAGAAUGUUUGACGUUUUCAUCGCAUAAUAAUUUUGUUUCUUGUGUUUGCUACGUUCCUCCCAGUAAUAAAUAUUGUGAUGGUGUAAUAGUGACCGGUAGCAAUGACAAAGCAAUUAGGUUAUUUGAUGGAACUCAAACUAAUCCUUUCAAAGUUCUGAAUGGCCACAAUAAUACGGUAUGUAAAAUUGUUCCUGGUGUUCAGGAAAAUACAAUAUUAAGUUCAUCUUGGGAUCAGAGUGCUAGACUAUGGGAUUUAGUAUCAUUUGAAAUUCUUUCCAUAUUUGUUGGUCAUGAAGCUGCUGUGUGGUCAGUUAUUCAAUUGCCUUGUGGUACUGUCGCAACUGGCUCUGCCGAUAAAACAAUUAAAAUUUGGUCAAAAAAUGGAACUUGUUUGAAUACCCUUUCAGGUCACACUGAUUGUAUUCGAGAUCUAGCUCUAGCAGCUUCAAAACAAAUUUUAAGUUGCUCAAAUGAUGCUACUAUUAGGUUGUGGAAUGUAGAAUCUGGUCAAUGUUUAAACACAUUCUUUGGUCAUGGUCAUUUUAUUUAUUCUAUAUUUUACAUAGAUUCUACAAGUUUUUUAACUAGUAGUGAAGAUAGUACUGUCAAAUUAUGGAUGAAUGGAAAAGUAGUCGAUACAAUACCUAUUCCUGCUAAUAGUAUUUGGAGUGUUACUACUGCACCCAAUGGAGAUAUUGUGACUGGUUCCAGUGAUGGAGUAGUACGUGUUUUCUCGACGGAUACAUCAAGACAAGCAAGCCAAGACGAAUUAAAAGCAUAUGAAGAAGAAAUUUCAAAAUCAGAAAAAAAUUCAGCCCAAAAGUUAGAAGGAAUUAAAAUUUCCGAAUUACCAGGGGAAGAGGCGUUAUUAGAAAAGGGAUUAAAAGACGGUCAAACUAAAUUAAUUCGAGAAGGGAGUAAAGUAUUGGCUUACACGUGGUCUGAAAACGAACGGAAAUGGAAUUUAAUUGGAAAUGUAACUGGUUCCGUGGAAAAUGAUAGAGUUGAUGAAACUGGAAAACAAGUUUACCAAGGAAAAGAGUACGAUUUUGUGUUUAGCGUUGAUGUAGAACCUGGAAAACCAUUAUUAAAAUUGCCUUAUAAUAAAACUGAUGAUCCGUGGCACGCUGCUCAAAAAUUUAUUCACGAUAAUAACUUAAGUCAAAAUUUUUUAGAUGAAGUUGCCAAUUUUAUUAUUAGAAAUUCCGGAUAUGGGAAAAGUGCCAUCGGAGAAGGACGAUAUAUACCCGGAAAUAAUUUCAGCCCUGGCGAAUCAAGAAGUGGGGAUUCUGGAUAUAUGACAAGUACCUCAAAACAUCAAAAUAAUAAAGAGAAUAAUAUUUUUUUAAAUACAUAUUUUCCUCAAAGAGAAUUUCUUAAAUUCGAUCAAGCCAACGUCAAUGUAAUUUUAGAAAAGCUCAUGGAAUUUAAUAAUAAAAUAGAAAGGAAAAGUUUAAAGGUCAGUAAAAGUCAAAUUGAAAAUUUGCUUAAAACUUGCGAGUCGGGAGCAAAUUGUACAGUCGAGGAUAUCGAAACGUUAAAUAUAUUAUUAGAAUGGCCUCAAGAAUUAGUUUUUCCCGUUUUGGAUGUCAUGCGUUUAUCAAUAAGAAAUUUCGAAGCGAAUAAACUUUUAUGCACCGAUAAAUUAAUUCCUAAAUUAAUGAAUUACAUAAGUUCUGAUUCUGGCGCUAUGUCAAAUACGAUGUUAGCUCUUCGUGUCUUAUCAAACAUGAUCUCGGAAGAACCCGGUUUUAAAUUAGCGUAUCAAAAUAAAUUAAGACUUUUAUCAAUAAUUGAAAAUAUAAAACCACCCUUGAGCAAGCCAAUACAGAUCGCUAUGAGUACUUUAUUAUUGAACAUAUCAGUCAUGUUAAGACGUUCAGAAACUCCGGAUGGUCAAUCCGAAACUUUAGUCGUCAUUCAAAACGUUUUGUCAAGAUUUACCGAUCAGGAAGCAUUAUUUAGAGCAUUGGUCGCGUUAGGAACACUACUCAUAGACAUGAUAGACAGUAAAAAAUAUUCAUCCGCUUUUAAAGAAUUUUUAUUGAAAUUUCAAAACGAUUCCGCUUACGGAGCGAAAAUUCAACAAUGUUGUCACCACAUAUUGGAAGUUUUACAAUGA